CCGCGCGCGUGCGCAAUGCAGGCCCUGCAGCGGCCCCCGGAAUUUCUCGCGCAGUCGACUGUCGCGAGAACAGUGUCUACACCUUCGGCGGGUCUUUCCGUCAUGGCGCUGAAGGUCACGACGGCUGCCGCCACCGCUGCGAAGACCGUGCUCAGGCCAGCCCUCCUCUGCCGUCCUUGGGAGGUACUGAGUGCCCGCGAGGCCCCCCGGAGGCACAUCUCCUCGCAGCAAACAAUUCCUCCAUCGGCUAAGUAUGGUGGGCGGCACACAGUGACCAUGAUCCCUGGGGAUGGCAUCGGGCCGGAGCUCAUGCUGCAUGUGAAGUCUGUGUUCAGGCAUGCAUGUGUGCCAGUGGACUUUGAAGAGGUGCACGUGAGCUCCAACGCUGACGAGGAGGACAUCUGCAAUGCCAUCAUGGCCAUCCGUCGGAACCGUGUGGCCCUGAAGGGCAACAUUGAAACAAACCAUAACCUACCACCGUCCCACAAAUCCCGGAACAACAUCCUCCGCACCAGCCUGGACCUCUACGCCAAUGUCAUCCACUGCAAGAGCCUGCCGGGAGUGGUGACCCGGCACAAGGACAUAGACAUCCUCAUCGUGCGCGAAAACACGGAGGGCGAGUACAGCAGCCUGGAGCAUGAGAGUGUGGCAGGAGUGGUGGAGAGCCUGAAGAUCAUCACCAAGGCCAAGUCCCUGCGCAUUGCUGAAUACGCCUUCAAGCUGGCCCAGGAGAGCGGGCGCAAGAAGGUGACAGCUGUGCACAAGGCCAACAUCAUGAAGCUGGGCGACGGUCUCUUCCUACAGUGCUGCCGGGAGGUGGCGGCCCGCUACCCCCAAAUCACCUUUGAGAACAUGAUCGUGGACAACACCACCAUGCAGCUCGUAUCCCGGCCCCAGCAGUUUGAUGUCAUGGUGAUGCCCAACCUCUAUGGCAACAUUGUCAACAACGUCUGUGCAGGGCUGGUUGGGGGCCCGGGCCUCGUGGCUGGGGCCAACUACGGCCACGUGUAUGCCGUGUUUGAGACGGCCACGAGGAACACAGGCAAGAGCAUUGCCAACAAGAACAUCGCCAACCCCACGGCCACACUGCUCGCCAGCUGCAUGAUGCUGGACCACCUCAAGUUGCACUCCUAUGCCACCUCCAUCCGCAAAGCUGUCCUGGCAUCCAUGGACAACGAAAACAUGCACACCCCAGACAUCGGGGGCCAGGGCACUACGUCCCAGGCCAUCCAGGAUAUCAUCCACCACAUCCGCAUCAUCAACGGCCGAGCCGUGGGGGCCUAGGCCCUCCUGGGAUGGCCUCGGCUGUUCCUGCGCCCCAGCACCACAGCCAGAAUAAAGUGGCGUCAGCCCAGCCCUGCUGCUGGA